UAACCGGAAUUUAAGGCCACUCGGAAUUAAAUGUAAGGUUAUUUAACGUUGGACCUCCGUCCAAGGAUCACGACUAUAGGAUCAACAUGGCCGAAAUAAAUGUGACCGAGUUAUCAAAUGCUGAGCUACGAAAAAAGCUCACUGAGUUUGGAAAAUCUGUCGGUCCUAUAACUAAGUCUACUAGAGUUACGUUAGAAAAUAAACUUAAAAAAUUGAUAAAUGAAUCAGAGCAAUCUAUUUCAAACUCCUCAAAUCACAAAAAAAAAGUCGUACGCAAGUCAAACGUAUCUUCUCGUCGCUCAUCUUUAUCUCGAAGCGAAUCUUCAAAUUUAAAAUUUGCUCCUUUUUCCAGUGACGAAGAAGAUGAAGUUUUAUUUAAAUUAAAGAAAUCUAAAAAUUCAGAAAAAUUGUUAGAUUUAGAAAAACCUAAAUUAGUUAAUAAAAAUGAACUUAUAGAAGCAAAAGUUCAAAUUCCUUCUACUUAUACAAGUGCAUCACCUAUUUCGCAAGAUAUUAUAAGUAAAAGUUCUCCAUUGAGUGGAAAAAAAUAUAAUUCUUCUAAUGAUUAUCAAUCUGGUUGCGAUUUAAAUAGAAAAAACAUUGCAGAAUAUAGUGAUGAUGAACAUUUUUUGGAAAAAUUAAAUGAAGAAAAACGUCAAAAUAUUAUAAGAUUAUCAAAGAAAGAAAUAAAGUCUCCAUCAAUGGAAAAUAAUGUUUUUCGCACUCCUAGUUCUCCUGUUGUUAUAUCAAGAACUUCAAUGAAUGCCAUUGAUAAAAAUAUACGAGGAGAAGUAGAUGCUUGUAAAGCUGAGGUAAGGAACAGUUUUACUUCUAAAAAGCCAAGUCCACCAACAAUUUCCAGACGUGUUCAGUUAUCAUCAUAUAACAAUUACAAUGCAAAAAAUAAGGUUGAAGGAUUCAAAGAUAGAGAAGCAAAUAAAAAUGAACAUAGUGAAAAACAUUUUUUUUUAAUAAAAUGUUUGAAAAGUUUGUUUAGUGAAAAACAAAUAAAAUGCAUAGCUUGUAUAUUACUAUUUGGUUUAAGUGCUGUUCUAGUUGGAUUAUAUUGGUACAAUGAAGAAGAUCCUCUUAAACUCACAUAUUUAAAAGAUAGCCAAGGAAAAGAAAAGGAUAUCAACAUAUUUAUUGAAUGUUUAUACAAAGACCUCAUCACAAGAAAAGGAAUGGUUGAAUGUGGAUACUCAUCAGGACCUGAUUAUUUACGAAGAGAAGAUUUUCCACAAUUAGCUGAAGGUUGUUUAAAAAAUCAGAAAGACAUUCAAUUUAAUGUUAUUGCUAAUGAUACUUGGGAGGAAGCCAAAAAAUCUUAUACUGAGUUUUUUAGAUUCAAUGAAACUAUGGUAACAUCAAUAGGAAGCUAUAAACCUUUUCAUUGUCGAGUUGGUCAAGCACUUUAUGCUGUUUUGUUUAGGAUUUUUAUUAUUUUAAUUACUAUCAUAUUUGGCAUGGCUAUAUAUUUUUAUAUGAAAAGGAAAUGGUCAGCAGAAGAUAAAGAAACAAGACAAGUUCUUUACUUUGUGCAUAGAAUAGUAGAGGUUGUUCGCAAACAUGAUACUCAAUGUCUUAAUAACAAAGAAUUAUCACCAUAUCUUCCUAUACCACAUGUUAGAGAUAUGUUAAUUCCAUUGGAAAAAAGAAAAGAAAUGGCAAAAACAUGGCAAAAAGCAGUUGAAUUUCUCAGCUCAUCUGAUUCCCGCAUUCGUGUUGAAACUCAACGUAUAUCUGGGGAAGAUUUUGAAGUAUGGCGAUGGAUUGGGGUGCGAACCCCUGGUAUAAAAGAAAAAAAAAUAAACAGUAAUUUUCAUUUGAACUCUGAUCAGGAUAAAUGUUGGCAAGGUCCUGCAUUUGAUCAAAUUGAGAAAGUUAUUCGAUUGCCAAUAAUCACACCUGCGCCUUGUUUAAAAAUACGCUGUAUGCAUGAAGGACCUGAUGAACGCGAAGAAGACUGGGUGAAAAAGGUAGAGAAUGCUGUUUUAGAGAAGUGCGAGAACGAUGGCGCUCGAAUUCUUCAUAUUCAUGUUGACAUUAACUCUAGAGAGGGCUGUGUUUAUGUCAAGUGCGAUACCCUUGAAUCGGCUAGGAAAGCAUUUAGAAGCAUGUACGGAAAUUGGUUUGAUGGUCGUCUCGUGAUUGUUAAGUUCGUUACCUUGGCACGUUAUCACCAACGUUUUCCGGAUGCUCUUAAAUGUGUUCAAGCGCUUUCACCAUCAGGAUCUAACGCCGUAGUAAACUCUAACAAAGACAUAUAAUAAAAAGAUUAAAGUUUGGAGUGUCACGUUUUGUGAAUUUUGUACAAAAGGAACUCAAUAAUAAAGGAAUACUUGAGCAUCGCAUUAGGAAAAUCAUAAUAAAGAUAUUAUUUUGCCUGAGUAGAAUUUUGAUAGCUUUCGUUCUAAAGAGAUUUUUGUUGAAACUUUUUCAACAGAGACGUAAAAUAUUUUAAUUUUCUGUAUUGUUAUUGUUUUCAUUAGAAAAUGCUUACCCCAA